AAAAAUGUGAUGAGUGAAAUAAUUUUUGGAAUGGUAGAAAUAAGUGGAAAUGUGGUAUUUAAGCAUCACUAUAUAUUAGAAGUAUCAAUAACUAGUGCAGGGAAACAUAAGACGACAUUCAAAUACAUUCAUACCCAACAAAAUUGUUUGCGAUAACCUACGUGCACGUGCCACUUUAAUUACGUUGCACGUCAUUAGUUUAACGUGCUUUUUGGCACAAACAUGAAAACGUAUUUCCUAGUAUGACAUAUAGGUUCUAGAAACAGUUGAAGUUGUAAAAGCAGUCUCACAACACAAAAUAUCAUAAUAUCAUCAAACAAAAAGCACCGUAUAUUUAGAGGGAGUUCAUAUCUGAUGAACAUUUCCGAAUUUUUAUAAAGCCACAAAGAAACCAUAGAUGGCUUCCAAGAUGCUGUAUGCUGGGGAUAACAAUAAUACAUAACACGGACCUAUCCUUCUCUAGGUAUAGCAGAAAUGGAAGUCCGUCCGUCCGUUGUAUAAUAUUUCAUAUAUUUUAAAGUUGCAAACUUAUGAAAAUACGUCAAACUAUAUCAGAACCUACGUUCCAAGGAAUUCUAGUCCUACACACGUAUUCUCAAAGCGGCCGACUUUUACUCCUGUUACAACGGCAGUGUAACACGUACCAUCAGAAUGCUAACUAUUCCUUUGGUAUGUUAGCUAUUUGGAAAUUCCAAAAGUUGCGAACUAUAAUGUCCAUUGUUUUUGAAAAUGCAAACAAAAAAUGACAGCUGAACUAUCUGUUAUUAACCAAUUGGGUCGUUAAUCAUGCUGGUAUAAAGCCACUGGAAAAAAGCUGAAUAAAUAAAAAUAGAAUCAACUAAAGCUAGUCAGUUGUCAUCCUUUCAUUUGAAUAAAUCUGAAUCUGACAAAUAUUGAUAUUAAGGUAGUUACGAAAAGAUGAGUGUGGCGAGAGUUCAACGAUAGGACAUUAAUACUUUGUGAUACCACUUAAAAAGUUUUUUCUUAGUCUGCAUAGAAUUUAAAAGGAUGAAGGAUGGAUGUUACCCAGUAAUGCCAUUUUUGAUGUUCCUUGUUGAAUAAUAAACAAAUUGUUUGACAAAAGAUGUAAAAUAACUGUUGCCUAUGAAUUUGAUUUUCUCCAAGUUAAUUGUAUUUGUUAUUAGUUAUUCAAUAUGUGCAACAAUAAAAAAGAUUCUGUUUUGGAAAUAAUACAUACUCUUAACCUCCUCAGAUAAAAAGACGUCUCCCGGGCAAUGUGGCACAUCAUUUUGCUCGAUUAUCAAAACAUUAAUAAUUUUUGAAAUAUGAUAUCAAAAACAUCUUUGUGUCAAUUUCAAAAUAAGGUGCUGUACCUGCAUGGAUAAUAGCCUUAAUGAAGUUUAUCGAAAUCCUACAUUUUAUCAAAAUGAAAUUUCAACGAGUGAACAUGGUAAAAUUAAAUUCAAAACUAGCACUAUGUUUUGAAUUAUAUUUUAGCAUUGCGAUAUUGUCAUUUGGUUUUGUGUUGUGGAUCCACGAAACACAUCUUAUUGCUGUGCUGCCAAAGAUUGAAGGAACUAACAAAUCACAAUUGCAAGCUCGUAUGAAGCAGAUUUAUACAAGUAUAUUACAAGAUUCGUCAAAUGAACUUGCUACUGAGGCUCUUUAUUCAAAUGAUGUUAUCGUUUCAAAGUAUGUUGGGACAGAUGGUGAAAAACUGUUAGAUGGACUGAAUGAAACCACAACAGAUUUUGUUUCAACCUCAAAGAUCAAACAAUCACCUGAACUUUCCGGGUUCUACAUUUCUGGAGCUUAUACUGGUCGUCUUGGAAACCUCAUGUUUGAAUACGCAAGUACAUUAGGAAUCGCAAAAUCCAACAAUCUUACCAUGUUGAUCAGUGUGCAGAAUGAACUACAUAAGUAUUUUAAUCUUUCAGUUAUGCGCACUGAGAGAGGAGUACCAGAAAAGGCAGAUAACAUUGGUGAGAAUGGAUGUUGUAGGUUUGCAAGAAAUCUUAUGAACAUUCAACCAAAGAGGAAUGUUACAGUUCACACUUACCUACAGAGUUUUAAAUACUUUCAAAUGAUCCAAGAGGUAAUACGACGAGAGUUCAGAUUCCACACUAGUAUCAGGGAAGCUGCAGAUAUGUUUAUAACUAAUUUUACAAAAAUGGAGAAAAAUGUAACUCUCGUAGGUAUUCAUGUUCGCCGUGGAGAUAUAUUACUUAAGGAUAAAAUUGAUUUCGGAUAUACUGUUCCAAGUACGUCAUACUUUAUCAACGCAAUGGAUUAUUUUAGAAUUCAGUUUUCCAAUGUGAAGUUCAUUGUUUGCUCAGAUGAUCGAAAAUGGUGGGAGAAAAACAUGAAUUUGACGAACGUUGUGAUAUCCAAAGGUACGAAGCCAGAAGUAGAUAUGGCGAUACUGAGUAAAUGUGACCAUGUAAUAAUUUCAACAGGGACCUUUGGUUGGUGGGCGGCAUUCUUAGCAAAUGGAAUAACUAUAUAUUAUAACAAUUGGCCUAGUUUUAACACGUCACUUGCUAGAGAAGUUGAUCAUAAGGAUUAUUUUAUACCAGAUUGGAUUCCCAUGGAUGACAAUGGAUUCCGUCCAGCGUCUGUAACACUUCUUACAACUUCCAAUAAUUAAAGAAUACUAUUUAGACUGACUUCAAUUUUUUUCAAAAUCAUCUACAAGUUCUUAGAAGUUCAAAUCUGACUUUAAAUUUGAGAUUUGACCUAUAAUGAGCUUUUCAAGGUCAAAAUGGUUAAAAAGGUAUUUUGCGGUUUGCGUCUGUAACAAAUCUAUACAACUUCCAAUAACUUAACAAAAUUAUCUACAAAAUCUCAGAAGUUCAAAUCUGACUUUAGAUUUGAGAUUCUCAAGGUCAAGAAAGGUCAGCUCUUUUUCAACUUGCUUCCAAUUCACCAAUUUUUUCAAAAUUAUCUUAGAGUUCUCAGAAUUUAAAAUCUAAUUUCACAGUGAAUUUAUACAAAAGGGGAAUUACACCAGAGUUCAAAGAUGACAUACGCUUAUAAUGUAAACCUGUAUUGAGAUGACAUACAUCUCUGAUUGGUCAAAAGUCUACAAACAAAUGAUGUCAUCAAUGGCGGUUUCAAAAUUUUCGAAAUACGCUUCGAAUAAUAUUAUGUUCAUUUUUGGUGUGUUAACCAAUAUCAUAGCUUUUCAUUUCACAUCAAGAUAAAGAAAUGUGUACGAAAUAUGCUUAUAUCAAUUAAAACAUCCC